CCGCGUGAAGAUUGCGUCAGCAUUCGAGUGACGCUCUCACCUGGUAUCGCAAAAAAUAGCAUUCACAUUGAAACGCGAAUCGUUACACCUAUAAGACCAGAUGCAAGCUGACCUCAUUCAUAUAUGCUGACAUUUGUUCCUCAGAUUUAUGAAAUAAUAUCAGUACCCGAAUGUCACCUAUUUAUUAUCAAAGAUAUUCUUCCCUACUACACCUUUAAAUCUGUCAGCCGAGGCGCUAUGAAUCAUGGGAGUGCAAAAAGAAUGAAUUAAACAAUGGCUCAGCAAAAUAGCUUCUCACGUGGCAGGUGGGCGCCACAAAAUUAAUGACAACAGCGUGCUCACCUUCCUCCAACGAAAAACCGGUUUGGACUCCACUGAAGAGUUACCUUUUGUACGGACGUAUACACAGCUGUUGGUUGGGUGGGGCAGGCUGGACUGUUUCUCCAACACAGGGCUGAGUGUCGCACGUGUGGUUCACGCCUGUUCACACAAUAUUUGAACAUGUGUCGACAAUCAAGAAUGAGGCAGCAAUCAGGAUUUAUAAUCUUUAUCCUGUUUUCAGCAUCAGCACUGCAGCUACCUCAGUGUGUUGACCGAGGAUGGAUGCAGCUCAAAGAAUCUGAAAUGUUUACGAUUACCUGCCAAGGAUUUGUUACUGGCGACACGGUCAAGUGGUCUCUUGUGCUGCUCAGUGGUGUCAAGCAGCCAAUAGGUGUUUGUCGGUCAGGUGAGGUCCAGUGCCAGACUGAGAACAGUGGCUUCAUGGUGACCCGACCUUCACCUACCUUCAGUGCUGUCAGGGUCAUUCAGAAUGUUGGUUCUUUGGAUGAUCAGACGAUCUCCUGUUCGGGUGAUGAUGAUGCGAACACGCAGUUCUGUAACAUUAAAGUUGUGUACGACAAAUCUAACGUGUUCGUAUUCGUCACUGGACCUGACGUCAUUAUAACCAACGGAACAGCUUCCGUCACCUUGAAGUGCACUGUCACCGGCCUCGUCACUGACGUACGUUUCAUGUGGAGUAAUGUCAAGUGUGAUGCCCAGGCCUCGGAUGGCAGCACGUGCAUCUUCACGCCAAUACCUCCACAGGAUGAUGGGAAGGUGGUCACGUGCACAGCGAAUGUCUCCAAAAGUGAUGGCAGUGGGAGGGAGGAGGCGUCAGCCUCGUAUGCCGUCAGUUUGAGAUAUCCACCCUUCACACCUCCAGUGAUAUCAAGUAACGUGCCAGACGUUGACUUCCGGUCUCGGGAGAUCGUGACCCUCACGUGCAGGGUCAAAGGUGGCAAGCCUCCCGUCUCGGUUCUGCGCUUCGCUUGCGGGGGGAAUGCAGCCAGCCGCAGUGACGUCACAGCAGAUGGGACAGUGGCCAGUUCCUUGACCAUCGUACCCGCUGACCUUGUGGAUGCCUGCAUCUGUUCUGCAGUUUGGUCUCCUGAACCUCAGCUUUACACAGCCACCGCCACCUGGUCCAUAACACAGAGAGAAAUCCCUGCAAAGAUCACGAUGUUUUCUAGUAAUGGAUACACCAAUGAUGUGAGCAUCAACGAAAGGGACAAAACUACCGUGACAUUCAGAUGUCAGGCCGAUGGAUACCCAGACCCCAGCCUCACACUAAAAGGUCCUGACAACAAUACACUGACUACGACUCAAAGCAGAAGGGAAUUAGGAUACUUCAUUACAUCUGCAAUAUGCGAACAUACAGGAGUUUACACCUGUGCUGCUGAAAACGGAAUAGGUGCAAGGGAUGAAGUUCGUAAACACCUGACAGUAAACUGUGCGCCAAGGUAUUCUCCAAGAGACAAAAGCAGCAGUAGCCCUCAGAUUCUGGAGACAGAACUGAGUCUAGAAAUCAUCGCCAUCCCACCGCCCACCAACUUUACAUUUACAUAUCAGGGAAUCGAUAUGACCAAUGAAGCAUCGAUUAUUGUUGAUGACAUUGUGAACAUCAGCUGCAAAGAGGAUUCUGAACGAGAGUAUGUCAGCACGUGCAUAAUAAGGCCAAAGACACGUUUAGAAAAUGGAGUGUAUCGAGUGAACAUAUCCAACCCUUUUGGCGGGCUUGAAUACGUCUUCAAAGUUUUGUUUCAAGCCCCAGCAAAAGUAACCCUGCUCAGCUUUAACGGUGCCAACAAUUCGCUGACUGUCAGCGAGGAGGACCAACAGUCGAUAAACAUUACCUGCGAAGCUAUGGGUUACCCCAAGCCGACAUUGUUGCUAAGGCAACCAGGUGGAGCAGCCAUGACCUCCGUCAAGAGCGCUUAUCGGCUGUUACACACCUUGGCGUUCGUCAGGUGUGAAAACAUGGGACUUUACACGUGCGUUGCUGACAACGGGGUGGAUACUGCAGACCAGAUGGAGCGGUUCUUAAACAUUAAUUGCGGUCCACGAAGGAUUGGUACUGAUGAUUUAGAUGAGAUACCCCGACUCAACGGCACGACCAUGCAAGUGGAGCUGAUAGCCAAUCCUGUUCCCUCAGUCUCUUCCUACAUUUACAGAGAUGAAACAGGCUCAAAGGACGGAAUUCUUGCAACCGGCUUAUUCGAGACAACUUGCGAAAGGGACUUAAAUCUAACUUACAUUGUGUUGUGUUUGAUCAAACGGCUGCAGCCCUUGGAUGACGGAUUGUACGAUGUUAUCUUUACUAACCCCUAUGGUAGUCUCGUCUUUGCCCUUCAGCUUGAAAAUGCAGAAAGUGCAGCUGUUGCAAGUUUUACCCUCAACAACAUCGCUUCCAAAGUUUUAGUCGUCAACGAGAGUGAGGCUGUGUCAGUUGAGCUGGAAUGUAAAGUUUCGGGCAAACCCCUGCCCACCAUAAAGCUAACGCAGCCAGACGGCGCUGUGCUCGCAUCCUCCGUCUCCGCCGGUGAGGUUAAGUUCAGUCUGCCGCCAGCUGUGUGCGAAAUGAUGGGCCCUUACACCUGUGCUGCCGACAAUGGUGUUGGGACACCGGACAAGAUGCUACGUCACCUAAUAGUCAAUUGUGCGCCAAGACCUUUUUCUUUCAGCACACCUCAAAGUGUACUUGAGACACUUUCUCCAGGCGGGUUAUAUAUUCGACUGAUUGCCCACCCGGUUCCUGACAGGUUCACUUACACCUACCACUCAGAUGCUAUCCCUCGAGAAGACAAAGAAAUCCCGGCUGGUGUUUUCACGACAAGCUGCGAGCAAGACAGACUCCUUGAGAAUGUUGUCACGUGUCAUUUAUCAACCAAUCAAACAUUAGAGGAAGGCGAGUACAAACUGGCCGUCGGCAACCAAAUGGGUUCUUCCGACUACUUAUUCUGGGUGUCAGCGGAAAAAUCUGUUUCUGGAAGCACCCAAGGCUCUAACCUAUCGACUGGGGAAUUCGCCGGCAUAAUUGUGGGUGUCAUGGUAGCCAUCAGCAUCAUCAUUAUCGCCGUUGCCAUUGCAGUGCAUAGACAGAACAAAGGGAACCAUUCACUUCAUUAAAUCCAAAAGAGAACAUCAAUAUGCUCUGGGCAAAAAGAGUCGUUCGUAGAGCUUUAAUAUUUUGCAUUUUUCCUAUUCAAUCAACGAAUAAAACCAUAAAUGUCCAUGCCAAUGAGCAAAUUGCAUUGCAAACUUAAAGACUUAAAAGAGGAUAAUUGAUGCUGAAAGUCCAAGACAGAAAGUAAAUUUAGAACUAUAA